ACAGACUGUACUAUCAAACCUUGAUCCUUAAUCCAUUUUGUAUUUUGACAAGAUGGUGUUUUGGGAAGGUUAUUUGAGUGAUGAUGUAAUGGGUUUGAUUGCUCCAGUAGUUGUGUAUUGGUUAUACGCAGGAGUUCAUCACAUGUUACCUCCAUUGGAAAAGUAUCGUUUACAUACAAAAAAAGAAUUUGCAGCAAAAGAUGUGGUUCCACUCCCUACUGUGAUUAGAGGUGUUCUAAUACAACAGUUGAUUCAAGUCAUUACUCUGGCAUCUUUAACUUACUUGUUUGAUCGCUCUAUGCUGACCACAUAUAGAGUUGUGGUUCAGCCCUCUAUUCCAGUACAAAUAUGCCAGUUUAUCGUGGCCAUGCUAGUUUUGGAUGCAUGGCAGUACUUUGUCCACCGCCACAUGCACACAAACAAGUUUCUCUAUAAACAUAUUCACUCUCAACAUCACACUCUGGAGGUUCCUUAUGCAUGCGGGGCGCUUUAUGCUCACCCAUUGGAGAGUCUUAUCGAUACAUUCGGUGGUGUCGUCUGUUUUUUGAUUUCAGGGAUGACAGCUCGAACAGGUUUAUACUUCUCUUCUAUUACUUCGAUGAAAGCCAUUGAUCUUCAUUCUGGGCUAUGGCUGCCUCCUAGUUUCGGACCCUUCCAACUAAUAUUCGGGAACAACUCUGCUUACCAUGAUAUCCAUCAUUAUGGGUUGCGAGGAAGAAAGUAUAAUUACGCACAACCAUUUUUCAUAUUUUGGGAUAAGCUACUUGGUACGCACAUGCCUUAUACUGUUGUGGAGCGACCCAAAGGAGGAUACGAAGUAAGGCUACUAAAAUAAUAGCGAGUGCACGUUUAGUCGAGAAUGAUGUCAAUAAGACUCAAUGGGUCACAAUACAUAACCUCGUAUUCGAAAAAGUCGACAGACUUAAAUUUUAUUGGAAUCUUAUGUUUUAGUGAAUUGGUUCAGUAGCUAGAAAUUAAGAGCACAAGUUCUUCAUAUAUUCUUAUUACACUUCAAUGUGCUCAAUUCGUAUGGUUGUUUGGUUUGGUCCACGUGUUGACUGUGUGUUUUUUAGAAGUCGUUAUCAAUCUCUCUCUCCGUGUCUUGUCUGUAUAAUGAGAACUGAGGUCUUCUCAUUUGGGUGUAAGCUUCAAGCUAUGAAUGAAUAAAAGAUUAAUGAAAUCUACCAUAGUACUGUUAAAAUUA